AUGCGCGCGGUCGCGUUUUUAGAAAAAUAUAUACGCUUUUACAUAAACCCGCCAUGGACGAACAUGUUGCUCAUUUCGAGGUUUUAUUUACUGCACAAAAGCUCAAAAAAUUCAAGACAUGGCAAGAUGGUACAAUGAAGUACUACAGCUUUAACAAAAAGCUCGUGUUAACGGACGAAAAGGGGUACAAUAUCGACAGAAAAUUCUCCAAAACGGGCUCCCCUAGCGUAGGCGAUGAAGUCGAGUUCGAUGGACAUAUCGUUACGGUCGAGUCAUUUACGAGCCAAGAGCCUUAUGUUGCUCAGAAUGUCGUUGCUGCGGCGGCUGCGGCUCGUGCCGCUGCUGGAUCAGCAAUACCAGCAGCUCCUACAGUUCACAUUCCGAUGACGCCACCGCUAGUAGCGCAACAACAUAGUCUUAAUCAACAGGCUUCAAAUGAUCCACCACUAAACAAUAAUUACCGGUCCGCUCGGAAACGUCUCCGUACACUUGCCGGCUCAAACUUUAAUGUUUCAACACGGUCAAGAGGCACUGUUGCGCCAUUACACGAAAUCGAUUUACCACCUACAUCAGCACGUAGUGCUGCAGUAGUGCCUCCGCAACAACAACAACAACAGACUGUUCCGGUUUCUGUUGUCAACAAUGGCGUUGAAAAUCGUUUGGUAGAGGAGGAGCAAUUGACAUUGAAGAUACAGCAAGCUGCACUACUCAGUCGAAGCAAUCAAAUCAACAGCACCGUAAUAACACAUGCACUUCGUCAACCACCUCGUGAAAGCCGACCGUCAGCAAUGGAUGUACAACAAGAGGGUAUAUCUAUGUCUCCCUCUCGACCGGCAGAUGAUGAAAGGACUAAUCGCGCACCAUCAAUCAAACGUAUGGGUAAGCGUCCAAUGCAGUCCUUACCAAUUGAAAUGCAGGAGGAAAACGAAUCUAUGGAAGUAGAUAAUACUAUCAGUGAAUCCACAACUUCAUUACAUACAGUCGUCAGCCACCAUCAAUCCAGUAACAGUAGUGCAAACAUUCCUGCUUCAACAACACCAAUAAACACCAUCCAAAAUCAACAACAACCACCUUUGCAGCGCCGAGUUCGUAUGGGUCUAUCCAAGCGCACGAAUAAUGCUUUGCAUAGCGAUUAUUUACAUACCACUGAUGAUACCACUACAUCCACAACAGCAACAACUAUAUCAGCUUCCUCCUCGGCGUACUUCUCAUCCAGACAAACUGGGGAUACAAAUGGAAAUAACAAUCAAACUACCAGCUUGUUUGUUAAAGCAUCUGCCAUUGAAGACCCUGGCGAAAGCUCCACCACGAAUAAUACCAAUGCGUCUUCUUCGCAUGCUCCCAAGCCGUUCAAAGUUCCACUUGUCGAUGGAGCGACUGUGCCACCAGUUGUGCUCCAAUUCCCCUCGAGUGAAAAAGCGCUAGCUCUCGGCAAAUCUCGAAACAUACCUAAACGUACAAAGACAGUGCCAUCUAGCUUUCGCAACUCUACUCAAUAUCGAGAGGUUUUCCAAAAAAUUAUACACGAGCAUUUGCAGAUUCUGCUGCUCAACUAUAGCAUGGUUUACUAUAUGUUUUACAAAUCUUUGAGACUAAAGCAAAACGACUCCGAGCGCAACUUUCGUUCCAAAGGCAUUGGAUUUUAUGCUUCGUGUGAGCUGCAAAGCAUGCAAGAUCGUUAUCGCCUUCAGUUACGAAAUCGAGAGCAUCAUUCAAAAUAUAGCAAAGAUGAUAUUUGGGUAAUCUCCAAGAACCCAACAUUUGAUCCACAUACGACGUUUCUUUCUCGAAGCACUUAUUACGGACCAUUUUCGGAUGGAUACUUGGAGGUAGAAUGUCUAACAGCGCGGGAUGCUCGAGUGGCUACCUCUCUACAGGAUGGAAGAUCAACUGUCUAUGCACUCCGAACCAUUUCAGCCAGUACUGAGUUCUUGAUGCUUGAUUCUUUGCAGGAGAAGCUGGAUAAACUGCCACUAUUGCCUUUCAUACUCUGUGAUGACAAGAAAAGAAACAGAAAAAAGAAGGAUCAAGAGAAGAGUUUGCUGACGACGCCAGUGAAGAGCCCCGAUUAUAUCAUGCUCACAUCAGAGGACAAUAUUAGUAUUGAGCAUAAGUUGCAAGAAACGAUCGAGAGGUAUCAUUUGAACGAAGAUCAGCAGAGUGUACUGCGCCAGGUUGCAAAAUCCGUCAUAGUUGCGCCCAACUGGAACGAUGAACCUGAUUCUCCUAUCACGCUAGUACAUGGCGUUUUCGGCUCUGGUAAAAGCUAUUUGGCUGCUGUGCUUAUAAUCUUUCUACGGGAUGUCAUCGAUACAGUCAAUGCUAUGCGAGAACCAGAUGAUUUGAUCUAUUUCAGAAUAUUGAUCUAUUCCAUGACGAACGUGGCUGUUGAUCGAAUCCUCAUCUCUUUGGAAAAACUCGGAUACGAUUCAUUUAUCCGGAUUGGAAGUCUAAAAAAAAUUGCAAAAAGUAUUCUUCCGUAUACCAUCCGUGCAAAGAUGUCCAGCAACGAAGAACAAAUGCUUGAGGAUCCACAAAACUCUGAAGAAGACAUUGAGUUGAUCGCCUCCACUAUCCAAAAGUUCCGCAAAUCCGGGAACACGAUGCAAUUACAAAGCAUGGAUGUUGUUGGAACAACGUGCAUGGCCUCGACAUUUGAUAUCUUUGGCAACACAUGUUUUUCGCUGGCUUUGGUCGAUGAAGCGUCGCAGUUAACUGAGCCUUUAUCCAUGCUUCCUCUUGUUCGGUUUACGUGCAGUAGACUGAUUAUGAUCGGAGAUCCACUACAGUUACCACCCACUGUGACGACAAGUGCUGAAGAAGAAAAAAUUGGCCAAGGAUUGGACAAGACACUCUUUGAUCGUUUAACAGAGUGUCAUCCUCGUAUAUCUUGCAUUAGCAAUCAGCUGUUUUACAGUCGGCAACUGCAGGAUGGUGUUAGCGAAGAGGAUCGAAAACCAUUGAUAGAGGGGCUACCAAACCUAAUGUUUGUCGACGUUGGAGGACAGGAGCAAAGAAAUGCGCGAAACAACUCAUUCUGGAACGAGACAGAGGCAUCAAUAGCUACCCAUAUCAUCGAAGGUCUUUUGGAUCUUGAUGUGUCUCCAAGUGAUAUUGGUAUUAUUUCAUUAUAUAAAGAACAAGCAGACAAGCUAAUGGGAUUUGUUGGCAAUAACCGACCGGACAAGAAGCAAACAGUACAGAUAUCCACCGUGGAUGCGUUUCAGGGAGGUGAAAAAGAAGUGAUUAUCCUAUCGACGGUGCGAACCACCAACAGUACUUUCAUCGACAAUUACCCUCGCGUUAAUGUCGCCCUGACUCGAGCAAGACGUCAUUUGAUUAUCUUGGGAAAACAGAACCUUCUCUUGGGAAACAAUCUUUGGGCAAAUAUCGUUAUGCAAUGUCAAGACAAUAGCGUAACAGGCCAUGAUUGUGCACGCUUACUGAAACGCCUACAGCACGCAAAGGACUCCUCCAACAACCUGUAAUUGUGUAUAUAAAAAAGAGCGCUGCAUUCUCCUCUAAUGAUACAUAAAAAAAUUAGUAAAAAAGGGCUAUAGCAAUUAAAAAAAAAGUUACAAAAAUCAUAAUAACCACAGUACAUACAUGCGUUUAUUUUAUUGGUAUCACGCACUAUUGUACUAUGUCUCUUCAUCAAAUUCAUACUUCUCAUCCAUCGUACUAUAUG